GCCUGCAGUGUUUGCUCAAGCUCUGUGCCAUUACACUGAAGGGGAUCCCAUUCCAUUACCUGCUGGCACCUGUGACUGUGGCUCCCCCAGCCCCUGACACCCCAGCUCUGGGACUCCACCUGCUCUGCUCCGCUCCUGCCUUCUACCUAGGGGUCUGUGAGGAGCCCCUCUGUCUGGGUCUACGUCUCGGCCUGUGUCUGUAUUUGACCAGACUGAAGCGCAGUUCUGUCUCCUGGAUUUUUUUCUAGUUCAACUGAAAGGGAGGGCACGCUGAGUGAGAGAACUGGGAGUCAUUGGUGUUGUACUUUCUCCCUGCCCCUCUUUGCUGUGCCUGUCUGUGUGUUUGUUCUGCUGAAGGACCUUGUCAUUCCUAAGGGACUCUGAUACCAUUCUUCUCACUGAGGUGUAAUAUGGAAGUGUUGAGCUGAACAUGGGGUCCCUACUGUCACAGUUUGGUCUGGAGUGUGGGGAGAAGGAAGUGAAAGAGGAAGAAAGACACCUGCGAGCAAAUGACAGAGAACUCAACUUGUCUUACAAGUAUGCUGACAAUGCCAUCAAAACCUCCAAAUACAACAUCUUCACCUUUCUCCCGCUCAAUCUGUUUGAGCAGUUCCAAAGACUGGCCAAUGCCUACUUCCUCUUCCUCCUCUGUCUCCAGCUCAUCCCAGAGGUCUCGUCCCUGUCCUGGUACACCACCGUGGUCCCCCUGGUCCUGGUGCUCUCCAUGACCAUGGCCAAGGACGGCAGCGACGACAUGAACAGACACAUAUGUGACAAACAGGUAAACAACCGGAAGGUGGAAGUCCUCAUCGAUGGAGAACUUAAGAGGGAAAGGUGGAUGGAUGUUCAAGUUGGGGACAUCAUCAAGCUGGAGAAUAAUCAGUUUGUCACGGCUGAUCUUCUGUUGCUGUCCAGCAGUGAGCCUCUCAACCUCGUCUACAUAGAAACAGCAGAACUAGAUGGAGAAACUAACUUGAAGGUGAAGCAGGCCCUGACUGUGACAGGGAAGCUGGAGGAUAGCGAAGAGAAACUGGCCAGCUUCAAUGGUGAGGUGCGCUGUGAGCCUCCCAACAACCGCCUUGAUAAGUUCACUGGCACCCUGACCCUGAAGGGAGAGACGUACUCCCUGGAUAAUGAGAGGAUCCUGCUGAGAGGCUGCACUCUGAGGAACACCCAGUGGUGCUUCGGCCUGGUCGUCUUUGGAGGUCCAGACACCAAGCUGAUGCAGAACUGCGGAAGGACCACAUUCAAACGGACCAGCAUUGACCGCCUCAUGAAUGUGCUGGUGCUGAGUAUCUUUGGUUUCCUGGCGAUUAUGUGUUUAAUCCUGGCCAUUGGGAAUGGGAUCUGGGAAUACCAGGACGGCUCUAAGUUCGCUGCCUUCCUGCCCAAGGGGGUUAACGCUCCCUUCUCAGCCUUCCUCACCUUCUGGUCCUACAUCAUAAUCCUCAACACUGUGGUUCCUAUAUCUCUCUACGUCAGUGUGGAGAUAAUUCGCCUGGGGAACAGUUUCUACAUAGACUGGGACAGGAAGAUGUAUUAUCCCAAGAGUGACACGCCUGCCGAGGCCAGAACCACCACGCUCAACGAGGAGCUGGGCCAGAUCAAAUACAUCUUCUCUGACAAGACAGGAACUCUCACACAGAACAUCAUGACCUUCAACAAGUGCUCCAUCAACGGAAAGUCCUAUGGGGAGUUGUUGGACUUUUCAGGACAAAGAGUUGAGAUUAAUGAGAAAACAGAGAAGGUGGACUUCUCUUGGAACAACUUGGCUGACCCAAAGUUCUGUUUCCAUGACCACAGCCUGGUGGAGGUGGUGAGGGAGGGAAACCCUGAGGUGCAGGCCUUCUUCCGCCUGCUGGCACUGUGCCACACCGUCAUGCCCGAGGAGAAGAAGGAGGGUGAGUUGUACUACCAGGCCCAGUCACCAGAUGAGGGAGCUCUGGUCACAGCAGCCAGGAACUUUGGAUUUGUGUUCCGCUCUCGUACGCCAGAGAGCAUCACUGUGAUGGAGAUGGAAGAGCUGGUCACCUACGAGCUGCUGGCUGUUCUGGACUUCAACAAUGUCCGAAAGAGGAUGUCGGUCAUCGUGCGCAGUCCGGAGGGCAAGAUAACUCUGUACUGUAAGGGAGCAGACACCAUCAUCUUUGAGAGACUGAACCCUUCCUGCAGCAACCUAAUGGAGGUCACCACCGAGCACCUCAAUGAGUAUGCUGGGGAGGGUCUGCGUACGCUGGCUCUAGCCUACAAGGACAUAGACCCAGAGUAUAUGGCAGACUGGAAACUGCGCCACCAUGAGGCCAACACUGCCAUGGACGAGAGGGAGGAGAAGCUGGAUGCGCUCUAUGAGGAGAUAGAGAAAGGCCUGCUGCUGUUAGGUUCCACUGCCGUAGAGGAUAAGCUACAGGAUGGAGUGCCCCAGACCAUCGAACAGCUCUCCAAAGCCGACAUCAAGAUCUGGGUGCUCACUGGAGACAAGCAAGAAACAGCAGAGAAUAUUGGCUACUCCUGCAACAUGUUGAGAGAGGAGAUGAAUGAGGUUUUCAUUGUGUCGGCAAACACAGCAGAGGAAGUCAGAAAGGAACUCCAGACUGCGAGGAGGAAGAUGACACCUGAUGGAACAGAGGAACCUACUGUCAAGAAGAGUAGAAGUGGCCUAUUUUGUCUUAUAAAGAUGGAGACAGUGGUGGAUGAGCCGGUGAAUGGAGAGUACGCUAUGGUGAUUAACGGACACAGUCUGGCCUUUGCCCUGGAGAAGGACAUGGAGAUGGAGCUGCUGCGGACGGCGUGUAUGUGUCAGACAGUGAUCUGCUGCAGGGUGACUCCACUGCAGAAGGCCCAGGUGGUGGAGCUGGUGAAGAAGUACAAACAGGCAGUGACUCUGGCCAUCGGCGACGGGGCCAAUGACGUCAGCAUGAUCAAGGCUGCUCAUAUAGGGGUGGGCAUAUCAGGUCAGGAGGGUAUGCAGGCGGUGCUCUCCAGUGAUUACUCCUUCGCUCAGUUCCGCUACCUGCAACGCCUCCUGCUGGUGCAUGGCCGCUGGUCCUACCUGAGGAUGUGCAAGUUCCUGCGCUACUUCUUCUACAAGAACUUCACCUUCACCUUUGUCCACUUCUGGUACGGCUUCUUCUGCGGUUUUUCAGCACAGACGGUGUAUGACGAGUGGUUCAUCACCCUGUAUAACCUAGUUUACACAGCUCUACCUGUGCUCAGCUUAAGUCUUUUUGACCAGGAUGUGAAUGACCGGUGGAGUUUCCAGUAUCCCCAGCUCUACGCUCCAGGCCAGCUGAACCAGUUCUUCAGUAAGAGGGCCUUUGUCUACACGGUGUUACACAGCGGCUACAGCUCCCUGGUCCUCUUCUUCAUCCCCUGGGCAGCCAUGCACGACACGGUCCGAGAUGACGGCAAAGACAUUGUGGACUACCAGUCCUUCGCCCUGCUGGCCCAGACCUGCCUGCUCAUCGCCGUCAAUAUACAGCUGGGUCUGGACACCCAUUAUUGGACAGCAAUGAACCAAUUUUUCCUGUGGGGCAGUCUGUCUGUGUACUUUGCUGUCAUAUUCACCAUGUACAGCAAUGGCAUGUUCCUCAUCUUCACCUCCUCCUUCCCCUUCAUUGGCACAGCCAGGAACUCCCUGAACCAGCCCAACGUGUGGCUGACCAUGCUACUCACCUCCAUCCUCUGUGUGCUUCCCGUGGUGGCAUACCGGUUCCUGCGCAUUCUGCUGUGGCCCACUAUCAAUGACAAGGUGAGGUACAAGGAGAGACAGAACAAGGUGCUGCCCCCUGCCCCUCGCCGUGUCCAAGCCCGCCGCACCAGUACCCGCCGGUCAGGCUAUGCCUUCUCCCACGCCCAGGGUUACGGUGACCUGGUGACCUCAGGCAAGUUUCUGCGGAGGACCCCAAAGAGCCGGACAUCCCUCUUCUCCCAGACAGACUCCCCAUUGGUCCAGACCCAGCCUCAGUACUACAACACCAUCAGUGAGCAGGAGGAGCCACCACUGAGUCCCUAGGACAGAUGACUUAACAGAGCACACAGUGUUCAGGUCAUUCAUGUCUGAAAACCCUCACUUAAUCCAUUCCAAACAUCUAUCAAAUAUCAAUCAGCCAUGUUUCUGUGAAACACUUGAACACUAGAUUUCCACUGAUUUGAGAAUGUCUAACAUUCUUCGUCUGGAUAAAAAAUAAAUAAAGGACAACCCCAAGGCUAAAUUCAGCAUUUAGUGCAUGGCAUAGAAUUAAUAAUUAAAAUACUGUAAUUUAAUAGGAUCUCUAUGGUGCCAGGCAUAUUUUCAAGAUGUAUGUGUAAGUACUUGUAACUGUGAAAAAACUAUUGGUGAUACAGCAACAAUAUCAUGCUGGGCAUUAGUUAAAAUGAUAAUUAUGUGGUAUGAUGUUCAAGAUUUUACAAUGCAGAUUUAUAAUGUUUUAUUAUAGAUGUAUAACUGAAAUGUAGUUAUUCUUGAGUCAUAAUUGUGUUAUUAUAUGAUUUGUUGAGAAUCUUGGACAAACUUUCUUUGAAUAUUGUUCAACUGACAUUCUAGUGAAUUGUCUGUACUCAGGGUCUUUGAGUUAUGUAUGAUACUGUACAUGAGAUUAUUAUUUGAGAUAUCAUGGGUGCAUUAUGUCAAUCAUAGCCUAUAUCUGACUAACUGAUUUAUCUUAGUAGACCUUAGUAUACUUAUUUUUUAAAUAUUUGUUGGACCUACAUUAAGUUUUAAUCGUUUUUUUAAAUCUGGGAAUAAUGUAAUUUAUUUGUAAUGUAUUCAUGUAUGGUCUUUAUUGUAUGACAGUGUGAAAUUAUUCUCAAUCACUGAAACACGAAUCAUUGACACUCUCUAAUAUGAUUUGAAUUAUGUACUUUUUCAGCAUUGUAGGCUACAGCCAUAAUAAAUGUUUGAUAUUUUUGUA